GGCGGGGCCCAGCCCGGCGCCGUCAAGUAGCCCCGGGAACCGCGGGCGCGGAGCCGGUGGGCGGCGGAGGCCGGAGUGCGCGCCGUUCCCCGACUCGGCCGGUGCCGCUCGGCCGCCAUGCGCCCCCCGGCCCGGGCCGCGCUGGGGCUGCUGCUGGGGCUGCUGCUGGGGCUGCCCCGCGAGGCCUCCCCGAAGCCGACGCCCUGCAAGCGCUGCCGGGAGCUGGUGGACAAGUUCAACCAGGGAAUGGCGGACACGGCGAAGAAGAACUUCGGCGGCGGGAACACGGCCUGGGAGGAGAAGUCGCUGUCCAAGUAUGAGUCCAGCGAGGUCCGCCUGAUGGAGAUCGUGGAGGGCCUGUGUGGGAGCAGCGACUUCGAGUGCAACCGCCUGGUGGAGGAGCACGAGGAGCAGCUGGAGGCCUGGUGGCUGCGGCUGAAGAAGGAGCAUCCUGACUUAUUUGAGUGGUUUUGUGUGAAAACGCUGAAAGUUUGCUGUUCUCCGGGAACCUAUGGCCCCGACUGCCUCGCGUGCCAGGGCGGGUCCGAGAGGCCCUGCAGCGGGAACGGGCGCUGUAGCGGAGACGGCAGCAGGGAGGGCGACGGGUCCUGCCAGUGCCACCCGGGCUACCGCGGGGCCCUGUGCACCGACUGCGUGGACGGCUACUUCAGCGCGCUGCGGAACGAGACGCACAGCGUCUGCACAGCCUGCGACGAGUCCUGCAAGCUGUGCACGGGCCCGACCAGCAGGGACUGCACCCAGUGCCAAGUGGGCUGGGCCCCGGAGGACGGCGCCUGCGUGGAUGUGGACGAGUGCACGGCGGAGACGCCCCCCUGCAGCGCGCAGCAGUUCUGCCAGAACGUCGGCGGCUCCUUCCAGUGCGAAGAAUGUGACCCCACCUGUGCGGGCUGCACGGGGAAGGGCCCGGGACAGUGCAAGGAGUGCAUCGCCGGCUACACGAAGGAGAGCGGCCAGUGUGCAGAUGUGGACGAGUGCUCACUGCCAGAGAAGCCCUGUCUGAGGAAACACGAGAACUGCUACAACACGCCUGGCAGCUACGUGUGCGUGUGCCCUGAAGGCUUCGAGGAGACGGAAGACGCUUGUGUGCAGGCACCGCAGCCAGAGGGGGAGGCGGUCACAGAGGAGACCCCCACACAGCCCCCCUCCCGCGAAGACCUGUGAGGAGCCCGCGGAAGCCAGACCCCCUUAAGUUAUUUAGGCCGACGUCCCGGGCGCACGCCGUGCCCGCCCUGAGCCUCGCCCCGUCUCCAGGCCCCGGGAGAAGCUGCCUUCAAAACGGUUGAUGCUCACUGGCCCUUUAAAAAGCUGCAUUUUUGGUUCUUCUUAAACAGAUUUGUCUAUUUUGAUACCGUUCUUUAUAAUAAAAUUAACCACUGAGGGUAGGCCUAGAA